GUAUUAAUUGACAAUAUGGCACUUUGACUUUCAUGCACUUUUGGGGUGUAAAUGUCUCGGAUAUCGAAGGCAAAUUGUCGAUGACCAUUGUGAAGGGUAUUGCACACAACAUCCGACUUUUUUUUUUUUUUGGCCGACAAUCCCCGCAAAAAAAAAAUCCGCUUGUCAACUAGAAAAAGAAAUUCUUUCUUUUGCCAUUUGCUUUUUCUUCAUUUUCUUACAUUAUGCUUCGUCUGUCUCGUACUUUGGUACGCUUACCAAAGCCUGUACAAGUAUUAGCUCGUCGCUCUUUGACGACAACCACAAUGGCUCAAAAGACAACUGUAGGUAAAACUGUAGCCUGGACAACAGUAGGUACUUGCUUAAUUACAGCUAGUUACUUGGGUUUAAAAGAACCUGCUUAUUCUGAAGCACCUGCCUAUGUUGGUACAGUUGAAGACCCAGCAACACAUCUAGCUUUCCCCGUGUUUUUAAACACGGAUAAUGAAUGGAAAAGAUUGGUAGGCUUAGGUGUUCGAUUUGUCAGCUUUUUGAAAAUCAAUGUCUACGUUCUUGGUUUAUAUAUGCGUAGUGAGGACAUUGGAGCUUUAAGACAAUUAUGGAAGAAUUUCGAUAAAGCAAAGUUUUUGGAAAACAAUGAUUUGGCCGAACAGUUCUUGGAACAGCCCUACGAUAUCAGUAUUCGCAUUGUUCCCGCUCGUGGAACAAACACACAGCAUCCACAGUGUUAAAAACGCAAAUUCGUGAUAUAACCAAUAUGCCGGAAUAGCAUCGUUUUUGUUUAAAAAGAACAAUACCGACA